GUCAAAACUGCAUAAAUUGGUCUGAAGUUGGAAGAGAAGUAGCUAAAAAAAAAAAAAACAAUAAAGAUGACGAUAGAUGACGAGAGCUCCAUUUACGUCGGCGGCCUCCCCUACGACGCCUCCGAGGAUUCCAUUCGCCGAGUUUUCGAAUUCUACGGCUCCGUCGUCGCUGUUAAGAUUAUUAAUGAUCGCGGGACUAGAGGGAAAUGCUAUGGCUUUGUUACUUUCACGAAUCCGAGGUCCGCCAUUGAUGCCAUGGAUGAAAUGGAUGGCAGGACUAUUGGUGGGCGAGUUGUAAGGGUGAAUGGAGUGAGGACCAGAGGUGGGAGAUCAAAUUUCGACGGAGAAAGUUAUCGACAUGAUUUUGAGAGUGGCAGGGACUGGAACCGGGGUCGGGAUCGAGAGCGAGAUCGAGAUCAGGAAAGAGAUUAUGAUCAUAAUAUAGAAAGGUACCGUGAUCGGAGUGGUGAAAGGUCAAGAGAUCGUGAUAGGUCCCGAGACUAUGAUCAAGAAAGAGAAAGAGGGUAUGAGCAAGUGUAUGAUCAUGAUCAAACCAGGGAUAGUUUGUUUGAUCGAGAUCGAGAUCAAGAUAGAGAUGUGGAAGAUGCUGGCCUAGAACACAAUAGGAGUCGCAAUCGGAAUUGGGAUAGAGAUCGUGGUUUGGAUCCUGAAGGAGAAGGGGAGAUGGACAGAACCAAUGGGCAUGAUAAACUUAUUGAAAUGGAUAGGGAUAAAAACUCGAGAAAAUGGAAUGGCUCUAAGACCACUGAUCGGCAUAGUAGAGAACUUUUAUCCAAUUCAAAUGAUGAUUCUGAUGAUCGGGCAGAAGAACAACUGCAGAGAUCCGUUCAAAGGCUUGAAGAGCUUAAAAAGGAGAUUCUGCAAAUGGAAGAGAGGCUAGAAGAGAAGGGAAAACUUGUUUUGGACUUGCAGCAAAAGUCUAAGAAACUGGAAGAUGCAUUAAUAAAUGCGAAGAAAACUUCUUCGCACCGUAAGACACACUUGACCAAGCUUCACAAAAGCUUCAUGCAAGUUCAAGAGCAUACUGAAAGGCUUAAAAGCUGUGAAAAAGAACUUCAGUCUCUUGUUGAUGUGGUGAUGUCGGAAGAUGUUGGCGACGAUGCUUUACGGGGUGGAAUCCUUGCGAAUGGCAAUAUUACAUAAUAGAUUAUGCUAUAUUUACAAGUUUUCCGGCAUGCAAACACCUUUUCAGUUUUCUGGGGGUACUUGAUUAGAAUAGUAAUUAGUAAAGCUUUUUAUGUUACUCAUGUAAAGCUUUGGGCUUGCAACGUGGGUUUUCAUGUAUGUACUUUGUGUUUGUAUAGAUAUUAUCACCAAAAUGGAGAUUCAGACUUGAAACUUUUGAGAUGUAUAUGCUAGUUUUUCUCGAGAAUUCUCCAGAUGAAUCUCGGUGAUUUUUGUUUCAUAGAACUUUAUUUAUACCCAAAAGUGCAAUGAAUCAGACAUGAUUAUCUUGGCAAAUUACUCUAAA